GCAAUGUUUGAAAAAAAAAGGGCAAUACCAGACUGCCCAAAACGCAAGCCAAAUCAAAUCUCAAAACGCGAAUCGCGCAGAUUAACUCAGCGAGCGAGCGAGUACAUAAACAGUUACGCGCGUGUUUGCAAAGUCAGACAACUCAGUCGGUACCUUUUCACUGCUGGCGCCCUUCCCACUCGCCCGACUCGGUCGAACCCAGUAACUCGCCACUCUCUGCAACUCCACCACCACUGUCAGAAACUUUACAACUCUCAGAGCUUCGAAUUAGCAGAGAUCUCCCACAAAUUUUGAAAAUUUUGGAACUUAAAUUUGAAUUUGAAUUUCGGAACGAUUUCAGAGGCUUCGAAUUCACAUGGAAGCAGUUACUUCGGCUCUUCCGUGGAUCCCGGAAGACGACCUCCGCUUGAAGGACGCCAUGGAGACAGGUGCUUCUCUGGAAGCACUUGCCAGAGGCGCGGUGCGAUUUUCGCGCAAAUUCACGAUCGGGGAGUUGCAGGAUCGGUGGUACUCGCUCCUCUAUGACGCCGAUGUCUCGGCGGAGGCGUCGGCUCGGUUGGUGGAAUUGGAAGGUUGCAAUUCCAACUCAGCGUCCAAGGCUAGUAGAUUCACUCGUUCUAGGGGUUUGAAUCGAAAAUCCAAUAGCAUACGAAAGCAUUACUAUGCUAUGCGGAAGAUAAAUAGGAAACUGUGGGCUGUUAAUUCCGUUGAUCCCGAUUCUUAUCAGAAGGAGUUUUUCGAUCGUAAUUUUCUUUUCGGGCCGGAUGUUGAUAAUGGCAAGGCUUUAGAGGAAAAUUUUGGGGUUGGAGAUCAUAAUCAGCCCGUGUUUUUGGACUGUGAUGUGGAUAACGGCAAUGCCACUAAUGCAUUUCGUGGUGGAGAGUGUGUUUCUAUUGGAAAUCAUGGGGUGGAGGGAGGUGGAGAGUGUGUUUCAAUUGGAAAUCAUGGGGUAGAGGGAGUUGUGGGGGAAGGGUGCUCGAAUGGAUUUGUUGAACAGGUUUCAUUAUUGCCAAGUAACGGGUUAGGAGAGAAUGCUUUUUGCCAUGAUAAUACUUGUCAUGAUCUGCCUACUCACCGAGAUGAUGGAAUUGAUUUUGGGAAUGCCUUAGAUGCGGAAGAUAUAGGGCCAUCUCAUGCAUCGAUAGAUGAGCCUCUUUGGAAAACGAUUGAGGAUGUACCGGCACCUGAAAUGCCAAUGGAUGUCAGCAUGGGGGUUAAUGGUGAGGGUGCCCAAAAGACAUUGGCAGGUACUGAUGAUAUGGAUGUGGAUAACAUUGGUUCAUCUCAAUAUGAAGUUGUCCAUUCAGAGGAAAUGAUAAAUGAUGAACUGAAUAGGCCUAUCAUGAUUUCCGGAGGUGAUGAUGCAGAUAUGUACCUUGCGAAUGAAAAUGAGCUUGCCUUCAUGGAUGUAAAUGGCAAGGAGUCAAUAGAUAAGUCCUCUUCUGAAAACCUGAAUCCGAUUCUGUUGAGCGAGACCAAAGAUGUUCAUGAAAAUGAUGUACCCAACUUUUGUCAGCCCCCAAAGUUGGUUUCAGAUCCAUUCCAGGCUGUUACAGACAAUGUGCAGGCUGCCAAGAUGGAUGUUGCUGCUGAACCGUCUCACUCUGACCUAGAUGAUCAGCAUGUUAUCUCUUGUUCUGAAGCCAAUAUGACAGCAUCUACGUCAGUGCCACAUCCUCUUACUCCUAAACAUAAUCAUGAAGAGAUGAUUUGCACAUUGAAUACUGAGGACCCUGAAAUCCCAUGCAAUGAUGAUAUAUUCCCAUCUGCUGCAACUGUUCAUGCUGUGGUGCAACCAGCCUUAAAAGGAGCUCAUGAGUUGGCUUCCUCUACUGGAAAAAGGAAUUACGAUCAACAAAGGAAAGAAGAAGAUCCUGCACGACCUUUUAAGGUUCCCCGGAUGGUAGUAUACGACACAAGUACAGAAAACAGCCCCAAUCAUGCACUUGGUCCUUUUGGAGUUAAAGCUCCAUUUGGUGAUAGUAACUGUGUAGCUUCAAUCUCCAAACAUGAUAAAACUGUCAUUGCCGACCAAAGCCAAAGCAGAUCAGCACAUGCACCAGCUAAGUCUAUCACCAAUCGAGUGUUCAAAGAAGAGGGAUUAGAAGCUCCAUUUACAAUUGCAGAACUUGCACCCUUAUUCGCAGAGCCAGGUUCUACGACUCUCCCAGAACCAGAAGCCAACCCAUCAGCACUAGAUCAUGAAGAAUCUGAGGAAGAAUCUGAUGAUGAUGUUGAUGAUGACGAUGCUGACAUUCCUUGUUUUUCUGAUCUCGAAGCGAUGAUACUUGAUAUGGAUUUAUGUCCACUGGAUCAGGAUUCAUACAUCAGCAGUGAAGUCUUAGAGUAUCAAAAUGAGGAUUCUAAAAGGAAUAUCAUAAGGUUUGAACAAUGCGCACAAUCCUCUAUGCAAAGAACCCUUGCAUCUAAAGGUGCACUCGCUGUAUUGUAUGGUAACCAUAUAAAGAAGUACAUUAAGAAAACUGAGGUAAUAAUUGGCAGAUCAACAGAAGAUAACGAAGUUGAUAUUGACUUGGGAAAGGAAGGGCUACAUAACAAAAUAUCUCGGCGGCAGGCUCUUAUAAAGAUGGAAGGAGACGGUUCUUUCUAUUUGAAGAAUCUCGGCAAGAGUUCAAUUUAUUUGAAUGGAGAAGAAGUUGCUACCGGGCAACUUGUUAGUCUUAGUUCAAGUAAUUUGAUUGAGAUUAGGGAAAUGUAUUUUAUUUUUGAGACGAAUCACAAAUCUGUGAGUCAGUAUCUGGGAAGAAUCGGCCAAAAAAGCGAGGAUAAGUGCACCAAGUUGGAACGGUCGCCCGAGGGAGGUCCAUAGGUGGAAAAUGAUAUGAAAGGUGCCCUUCCUGUUCCAAUUCUUUUCGAAUGGACUGUCCUUGGUCAGUUAUACUUGAUUAUUAUUAAAUAGGAGCAUCCUCACCCUGCCUGAUUAUAGAAUGUAUAGGCAUUUUUUAUUUUACAUAGUUAAAUUUUUUUAAAGUAGUUAGCUCUUCAGCCCGAACGACGAAAAAUUGUAGUACAAAAUAAAAAUAAAUAUCAGUUUAUAGUCUAACCAUUGCUAACAGUAACU